CCCAUGCGACAGAUUCCGGUUGGUCGAGCUGCUCCGCUGCCGGCCGGCGCCCCUCGCCGCCUCCCUCCAGUCCGGUGGCCACAGCGCCCUCUCGCCGUUCAAGCUAUCGAACGCACAUCCGGAGCACACAAAAGAGAGAGCGCCCGCGCCCCCGCCCCCGUUGCCCCGCGCGACACGGCGAUUUCGCGAGCCCUAGCGAAUCUUGAGGCCCUCGGUGGAAUCGAAAAUCAAGCUGGGGAUGCUGGCUCGCCGGCGGUCCGGCGGAGCGUGAAUGAUCUGGUGGCAUGCCCUCUGGAGGUGAUCCUUUCCAGGGAGCCAAAGUUGGUGGUGGGAGAGGCACCAUGCAUGGACAAGGACUAUUUCGAGAUGAAUAUCGGACAAGGGGUUCGAUCUAAUUUAUCCAUAGCAACAACCCUCCUCUAUAAUGAGCCUGCAAUAUAAGCUAUGCUAGGUCUCGUCUUAAUAAGAUGGGAGUUAAGUUAGGUUCAGUUAACCUGCAAUAUAUAACUGUACUGAAUUGGUACCCAGAUGCUCUCAAAACACACAUAAUCUUUU